AUGGCGCUCGUUACUCGAUUCCUCCUGAACAAGCACAGCAAACAACCAACAAACGACGUGCAUAUUGCGGAUAGCACCAUAGGGCAUCACAAUCAACUGUUGAACAUAUCCUCCUCAUGGAAACGAAAAUUCUCAUCGAAGCAGAGCCAACCGAAAGGUGUUUGGGUUCCCAGUAUGUCAGGCAUGGUCAAGGCCGGAGAUGAAGGAUUGUUUACCUCCACUCUGUUCGCCAAUAUCCACGGACACCCUGGCGAGCCGUCCCUAGAAGCACUAUACGAACUAUUUGCCGAACAACUUCGGUCGCGCCCAAUCGCGGAACGAUCUGCGUACACUGGAGAAAUCGCAAAAUUCUUGUCUUCGACUAAGCGGGUCACCAGCGGGCCAAAGCGGGUACAAUCACUGUCGCGCAAAGCAUCGAACAGAAGAAGCACCGAUAUCUCCAUGAUAGGACAGAGAAAGAGCAUGGAUAUAUCGACUGCAGAGAGAGGCCUUUCCCGAAGCAUUUCCAUGAAGCGACCAACGUCACCGCUAGCACCGAUGAAGAGCGGACUUGUCGGAAUGGGCAGCAAUAACGCUACGAAAACAUCUUGGACGACGGAUGGACGAAUAUCAGACUCUCGUUAUGGUAUUAUCGGGAUUGAGGUCACGUCAGCAGAACUUGCAGCGCUUUCAAUCCUGCUAGGCAGCCCAUUGGCUGUUUCAGGGGAGCCGGUGGCGCACUCUGAAAAAGGUGCACUUAACAUCUCGAUAUCGAUUUCUGCAAUGCAAGACGGCCGACAUCAGAUAAAUCUUCGGCAACACAAGCGGAACAUAUCGCAUAUGCCUGCAGCACGUGGUUCGGGAUUCUCACCACUCUAUUCCAAGCAUCUCGCAGCCGGUUCUCUUCCUUAUUUGCAGGAUGAGAAGACUGUUCGCAGCAUCCUUGUUAGCGAUUACACCCUCAAGAUUGUGGAAUCAGGUUCUUCGCUAUACCUCCAUGAUUCAUACUCCAAAACGACACAAACUCAAUUCCUAUCUGCGUUGCCGAGCUCUCGCGAGCUCAGCUUUGAGAUCGUGAGCGCUUCAACUCAGCCACUACCGUUCAACCCUAUCAUCGACGCUAUCAGCUUGUUACCAUUCGUGGGUGGUCUCGUGCCACUUGCGUCUAUGCCGCUCGUCAAGACGGUCCAAUUCGUUGCGUUCGGUGGACUACCGCCUGCUCGGCUUCUACAGCGUUUGGAAGGGCUCGUCGACAAGGUUAAUCGACACACACCGCAUCUUCAACUGUUCGGUCCGCUAUAUGAAUCUCAAAAUAUCGCGCUGCUAUACCGAGAGCGUGAGCGACUUGGAAAAUUAGCCACUGAUGCCAAACCCGCCGACAGCAUUGCAUACAAAGCAUCACGCAUGCAGCGAUACAUCACUCUCCUUGCUCGUUUGACAACUUUGAUUCCCGGAAUGCUAACGCAAGACGCUGCUGAGGCCGUGCAAGCAGCGACAAAAAGAGAGAUAGAACGCUCCUAUCAUGAUGCCGUUGCAGUUCACAACGUCAACCGGUCAAGAUCGUCAUCUGUUGUCGACUCGUACGCAUGUUCUGAAUGUGGCGCCCGAAGCAAGCGCUUCUCUACACAAACGUACAGCCGGUCAAAUCGUUCGAGCGACUUCUCAAUGGUGACUGCGGCUUCGCCAACCACCUCAGCUAGUUCUGCACCACACAGCCUGGGUAAACAAGUCGAACGACUACUGAAGUCUGAGUUACCGCUCUCAGUCGAAGAUGUGGCUCUUGCUGCUCGCCUAGUCAUUGCAGCAUGGACGCUGAGCGUUGAGACCGUGGCAUGGGAAGAAGGGGAGCAAGGUUUCCGAGUUUUGGACACAAGCAAGUUACCUGAACAGAUGGUACUAUGCUGAGUAACCUUGCAAUUCGUGUCUACCUACCAUCAUGCUUCAUUUUUUCACUUGGCUGCUUAUUCAAGGGUGGGCGUUUGGUGUUACCCUCUCUUGCGCCUUCUUGCGCGUUCCUACAUGAUACCAUCCUCAUAAAUCUGUAUUAGAUUGCUGUUUAUGCAUUCCAAGGCAUGUUUUGGUCACUGCCUUUCACCUCCA